ACGUUGACACGUCGAUCAGGUUGAACAUGGGUAAGCUAGUACUAUACGGUGUGGAUGCCAGCCCUCCAGUGCGUGCUGUCAAGCUGACGCUGGCUGCACUGCAGCUGCCCUACGAGUACACGGUGGUCAAUGUCCUGAACAAGGAGCAGUUCUCCGAGGCAUAUCUGAAGAAGAAUCCGCAGCACACGGUGCCCCUGCUGGAGGACGGAGAGGCGCUCAUUUGGGACUCGCAUGCCAUAAUCGCAUAUCUGGUGGGCAAAUACGCCAAGGACGACUCGCUGUAUCCCAAGGAUCUGCUCAAGCGCGCCGUCGUGGAUCAGCGCCUGCACUUCGAGGGCGGAGUCGUGUUCGCCAAUGCUCUGCGCAGCAUUACCAAAUACGUUCUCUUCCUGGGCAAGACUGAGGUGCCCAAGGAGCGCAUCGAGGCAAUUACCGAGGCGUACGAUUUCGUCGAGUCCUUCCUCAAGGAUAACAAGUACAUUGCCGGCGAUCAGCUAACCAUUGCCGACUUCAGUCUCAUCUCGUCGAUCACCUCGCUGGUGCCCUACAUCCCCAUCGAGGCCACAAAGUACCCCAAGCUGAGCGCAUGGAUCAAGCGCCUGGAGCAGCUGCCCUACUAUGCGGAAAAUGCGAAGGGUGCAGAGCAAUUUGCGGCUGUUAUUAAAAGCAAAAAGUUCACAGUAGUUGACUAAGUGAGUCCGCAUUAUUAGUUUUCCAAUAACUUUUCAAUAAAUGUUUUAUGAUUAUU